CCGUCGGGAUUUGAAUUUUUGCAUCACCGGCUUGAAUCAUUGGGAUCGCUGUAAAGCUUGCAUUGCUGUUAUACUUCGCCUGCUCGUAAUCGCCCUCUACACUUCCGUCGCUUCCUUUUCGAAGACGGGAUCUGUCUCUUGUUUUGUGUCUGUGGAGUCGCCCCGCGCCGUUACUUGGAGUUCGUCCACGCCAUUUCCUCCUGUGCGGCAUUGCUUGCGUUGGCUUUGUUUCGGCUUUCUGUUUGGUAGAGUUCUUGUUCUGUGGUUCGUUUGUCAAUCCGUCACAAUGUCUCUCCGGCCCAAUGCUCGCACUGAGGUGCGCAUGAAAGGGUACAAGUUGGCCGUUGAUGCGUUGGAGGCGAGGAGGAAGAGGGAGGAUGGCAUGGUAGAGAUCAGGAAGACUAAGAGAGACGAGAGUCUUCAGAAGAAGCGUAGGGAGGGAUCCCAGCUGCAUCAGCAGUUCGCUCCUACGCAAAGCUCUACUGCCGAUAGAAAGCAACUUGAGAGCCUUCCGGCGAGUGUUUCUGCGAUCUACACAGAUGAUCCAGCCACUCAACUGGAAGCUACCACUCAUUUCCGGAAGCUUCUGUCCAUUGAACGCAGUCCCCCAAUCGAUGAGGUUAUAGCGGCGGGUGUUGUACCUCGGUUUGUUGAAUUUUUGGGUCGUGGAGAUUUUCCACAGUUACAGUUUGAAGCCGCGUGGGCGCUUACAAAUAUUGCAUCCGGAACGUCUGACCACACCCGCGUCGUGAUCGACCAUGGGGCCGUGCCCAUAUUUGUUCAACUCUUGGGCUCUCCUAGUGACGAUGUUCGUGAGCAGGCUGUUUGGGCUUUGGGCAACGUCGCUGGUGACUCUCCUAAAUGCCGGGAUCUUGUACUUGGUCAUGGAGCUUUAAUGCCUUUGCUCGCUCAGCUUACCGAUACUGCGAAGUUGUCAAUGCUUCGAAAUGCCACCUGGACGCUCUCAAACUUCUGCCGUGGAAAGCCCCAGCCACCUUUUGAGCAGUCGAAGCCGGCUCUUCCCGCCUUGGAGCGCCUCAUCCACUCUAACGACGAAGAGGUCCUCACUGAUGCAUGCUGGGCUCUCUCUUACUUGUCCGAUGGGACUAAUGAUAAGAUCCAGGCGGUUAUUGAAGCCGGCGUGUGCCCUCGUCUUGUGAACCUUUUGCUCAGUCACCCAUCACCCUCUGUACUCAUCCCUGCCUUGCGGACGGUGGGCAACAUUGUUACUGGUGACGAUCUUCAGACUCAGUUCAUCAUUGAUUGUCAAGCCCUACCGUGUCUGCUCGCACUACUCACCAACAACCACAAGAAGAGUAUCAAAAAGGAAGCAUGCUGGACCAUUUCCAACAUCACAGCCGGAAACAAGGAACAAAUUCAGGCUGUAAUUGAUGCCAACAUUAUUCCACCUCUGGUAUCCCUGCUUGCGUCAGCUGAAUUCGACAUCAAGAAAGAGGCAGCCUGGGCGGUGUCCAAUGCAACUUCUGGUGGAACGUCGGAGCAGAUUAAGCACCUUGUCAACCAAGGUUGCAUCAAGCCACUCUGUGAUCUAUUGACUUGCCCCGACCCAAGAAUUGUGACCGUCUCCCUUGAAGGGCUGGAAAAUAUUUUGAAGGUCGGCGAACAAGAUAAAGAUAGUGGUAACAACAAUGGCGUCAAUAUAUACGCUCGCUACAUAGAUGAAGCUGAAGGUCUGGAAAAGAUCGAGAACCUCCAGACACACGAUAACAACGAAAUUUAUGAGAAGGCCGUCAAGAUUCUGGAGACAUAUUGGCUUGAAGAGGACGAGGAUCAGAAUGUAGCACCAGGCACCGAAGGUCAAAACUUCGCCUUUGGUUCAAGUACUGCUGCAGGUGCUCCCCCCGGUGGCUUCAACUUUGGCUAAGUAGUGGAAGUCCGGCACUGGUGCCCUUUGGUGACCCAAGUUUUUAAUUACAAUUAGACAAGUGUCGAGUUCUGGCGCUACUAGUUCGUUACAGAUUGCUGAGCUAAAAGUUUUGGUGUGGGGCCAAUAAUUAGGCUAGCAGAACAAUUCUUUUGUACUUGAAUACUUCAGCUCGAGCUUAUUCAAGGACUGCCCGAGUAUCUCAAAGUAAGGAAAUUUCAAACAACGCAUGAUGUCUUGCUGUACACGUUCGACCUUCGUUAGUUGUUAAAUUUGCCAAAUUAUUUGGUGGUUAUGGCAA